AUGAAUCAUCAGGCUUUCGGCCACAUGGGCAGCAUUUCUGGCCCAGCAGUGCCCGGCUCGGAGCACCUCGCAAUGUCAGCCAAUGGGCCUGUCUUAGCUCGAAUCGCUGCGAAUUUCUCAAUGAGCCCAACGACCGAAGAGCAGCUGCGACAAAUGUCGCUGGCUUGCAAGCUGACAACCACUCAACCAAAUCAACCAAGCCAAAAGCCUCUUGUUGUUCUGCGUCGGAUUGCAGCCAAGCCACAAAGCCCAACACCCGUGUCAGAGCCAACGCAGGAGACCACCACAACCAAGCGACGAGGACCCAACGGAUUUAUUGUGUUUCGCACAAUGAAUAAACACCGAUACAGUCAUCUCCCCAGCCGAGCGUCCAGCAUCGAGCUUGGGAAACUCUGGAAACAGCUCUCGAGCGACGAGCGCGUCACAUUUGAGAUGGAAGCGCAGAAACGAGAACUUCUGCAGCUCAACACAAACAAGCCUGCUCGAGCGACCAAAGUCCGAAAGCCUCGUCUCUUGUACAACAAUCGACUGACCGCGGCUGGCCGUCGCCAAGCGCAGCAGGUGGCAGAAAGCUGCCUUCCACGCUCAUUCCUUGCACAUGAAACUUUGCAUGCGGAUCAUGAAAUGUUUCCACUCGAUGUUACUGACGCGUCUUCCCUCUUUCCCGGGUCCAAAGCUUGCGAACCACCGAUCUUGCCAAUCAGUUCAAGCAACAGCAGCACGUUCAGCAGCACGACCAGCGCUGCGCUUUCACUCGCGUCUGAUAGCUCGAGCACUUUGGCAGAGCCAUCUCCGAUCUCCGACUCUGACAGCAGCUGCAGCGUUGUCGAUGACUGGCGCAAUACCAAUCUCGAAGCGCCUUUGCAUCCCCGUCCUUUUGUUCGGCUUUUAGGAUUGAGCGGUCAAGACGAUGACUGUGAGAACAUUUCGAGCUGGCUUUCACCACCUGCCGAAUCUGCUCCUCUCCCGAUUUUGCCUGCUCCUCAUCCGAAGAAUCUGGCCUGCCAGCUUGCGCAACGUGCUACCUUCGUCGUCUCUGCAUGCCACUCGCCCACUCUAGUGUGCCAGUCGCCGGUGCCGCUGCCGCCGCCUUCGAUUGCGAUUGACAUGUCCUGGUUGGACUGGGCAGAACGCGAUCUCGCAGUGCGCUCUGUCGACAGCAACCAAAGUUCUCCUACGCAAUAG